AUGUCUGCGCCGCCGUCCACCCGCGGACAACGCGGUGGCAGCUCGACCAGAGGUGGACGAGGGACUCCAUCUCAAUCGACCCGAGGGCGCGGUAGCACUCGUGGAUCUACCACGGUGCGAGGACGAGGGAGAGGCGCAGGUGGAGGCACCGUCACAAGUGCUACAAAUACCAAUGGCGCAGGGCUACUGCAGCGAUUGCGUGCGGGAACAGUCAAAAGAGGCGAUGAAAAUGCGCCCUCGGGCGCUGGAAGAGGACGCGGUGUUGCGAAUGGCUCUCGAGGGCGUGGUCGCGGAUUUGCAAACUUGUCGCAGACAUUCAACGCGACCAAAGCUCAAACUUCCAACCCUGGCUCUCGAGCAGCUUCUCCGGCGCCUGCUUCCCACCGAGACUUUAUGAACUUGGCUUAUAACAAAUUCCAAGCGCUAAAGCAAAGCCGGGAAGAGGAGAGGGCGAAAGCGAUUCGCGAUGGAUUUCUCGCCGAUCCUGAGAAGAAGACCAGCCUGGACAAAGCCAUCACCCCGGUCGGAACGUGCACGGAGAUGUGCCCAGAGUUUGAAAGAGUGGAGCGUAUAGUACAGAACAUGGUUGACAAAGCGGAGAAGGUGCGGAACGAAGAAACUGGCAAGGACAUGCCUGCGGAAGAUCGCAUGGUCAAACGAUUUCGCCGAUCAGCUGCUGGCUACGACGAGCAGCUGCCAUCCGAUAUUCGAACGCCCGAGACUUUGAAACGGACGCUGGACUAUCUCCUCGACAAAGUUAUUGGUGGUGAACGUUUGGCGACCGUCCACAAGUUCGUCUGGGAUCGAACACGAGGAAUCCGCAACGACUUCUCGAUCCAACAGGUCACCAACGUCGAGGACGUCAAGCUUGCCGUCGAUUGUUUCGAGCGAAUAGCGAGAUUCCAUAUCCUGUCGUUGCACCAGCUCUCAAACCCCGACAAUUUGCUGGACGGAGAGAAUUUCGACACCUACCAAGAGAGGGAACAGCUGAACAACACCCUUUUGUCUUUGAUCUACUAUUACGAUGACCAUCGAGGCCGGAUUGACUUUCCCAACGAAGGAGAGUUUCGCGCUUAUCUCGUGAUCUUUGAAAUCCAGGCCCCUGAAAGACCGGACUUGGAAGACCGCAUGCAAUCAUGGCCUGUUGGUCUUCUCAGAGACAAGAGAGUUCAGACGGCACUCAAGCUGUACAGGGCGGCAGGCAACUCGCUCCUCGGCCAAGGGCCUCUUCAGCCAUGGGAAUCUUUCGCUGUCGCUCAGGGCAAAACGGGGAGCUUUUGGAGCCUCUUGGCCUCGGACGCCGUGCCCUACAUCAUGGCCUGCCUGGCUGAGAUUUAUUUCGCCGAAGUCCGUUUUGUUGCCCUGGAUGCAUUGUGGCGCUCAUGCAAGAAAGGCCCUCAGGCCCAACAAGCAAAGUCUCGAGAUUGGACACUGGGCGAGGUUACCAACUUCCUCGGCUUUGAUGCUGAUGAAGAGACCAAGGACUUCUGUGCCGCUUUCGAUCUCUACUUUGCCACGGAUGAGAGUGGCGAGGAGUAUCUGGACGCGACGGCGAACAGUGCUCAAUCGCUCGAUCCGUCCUCGAUCCCGCGACGCCAGGUCUUUUCGCACAGCUUCGUGGAACGGAAACGGUACCGCCGAACACUGACCUCCAUCAUCAAUGGAACGACCGUCGCAGAAGCACUUCGUCAGGGUUGGGUUGAGCCUGAAGAGGAGGAUGUCCGCCCUGCAGAUGAUACCAGAGAGGACGACCAAAGCAUGUUCGUUCCGGAGGCGAAGACAACUUCGAUAUCCGCCGCUUCGUCAUUCUUUGGCGCUUCACUCAAUCCUCAGGCUGCCCCCUUCGCACCGACGUUUGGACAGAGUCCUGCCUCGUCGAGUUUGAACAAGCCGCCGGCACUCUCCGGGUUUGGUUCUUCUGGCUCGUUCAACAUCGGUUCUUCCACCAAGCCAACAAACGAGUCUCCGUUUGGGAAGCCAUUGAAAACCGGUGGCUUUGGAUCCCUCGACCCAUCAACCUCCACUACUUCUACAGGAACCUUUGCCAAAUCGACUCUUACUCAACAACAGCAAACAUCGACGUUCGGCUCUGCUGGAUUCACGCCAUCCAAGACACCACCUCCCGCAACGUUUGGACAACCCGCACCGCCAGCACAGAAAGAAAACCAACCUUUCAGCUUGGGCGGAUUCACUGCUAAAGUUCAAGAAGCAUCUACUGGCUUACAAGGCGAUGGAAUUGCCGCGCCUGCGCCUGCAUACAGUUUUGGCCGACAAUCUUUCGUCCCUUUGACAUCUUCAAUCUCGAACGUCACUCCUCCUGCGCCCGCCUUUGGCCAGCUAUCAGUGGCACCAUCGACAGUAUCUGUCGCGCCACCAGCCAAGCAAGCGAACACCCCAGCGACGGCUCCAGUAUCAACACCGUUUGCAUUCGCUUCGUUCACACAAUCGUCUUCUCCUUCUGCGACGUCUGUACAGGUAUCUGGAGGCCUAACUGCUCCAUCAACUCGCACAUCCGUCGAGAAACCUACAAGCCAACCAGUCCUUGCCCAGUCAACAUCAGAGUCGGAGGGGCGUUCUCCAUCGACCAUAACUCCAUCAGCCUCGUCCUCACAGCCGACCCAAAGUCCCCUUUUCAAAUCCGGUGCCGCAGGUUCUUCUUUUCCGCCCCGACCGUCAUCGACUCCUGAUCCUAUUCCGAAGCCUCCUUUGCAGAAGUUCAAUUUCCCAACUGCGGCAACUCCAGCCACGACCUCCGAGGACCAGCGCUCAAGCCAGCAACCUGAUACAACAACAGUGACUCCGAGUUCAACCUUGAAAGAUCAUCCUCAUCGCAGCACUACCCCUCCUUGUUCUCCUCGUCAGCCCCCGCCCAAGCCAGUCUUCACUCAAACAGACCGAAACAAGCUUGCAGGAAAUAUCGCCAGAAUUGCAUUGACACAACAGAGGGGAUUGCUUGACAGCUACCUCGAAUUCACUCUACGUGAUCUUGUGACUACCGCCUUCAACCAACAUCGACUAGAAGUGCGCGACGCUGCCAUUGUAUCUGUUCGUGAACGUAUCCUCGCACGCAAGUUUGGGUAUCUCUGGCGAACCCGCGCAUGGACCAGUGCUUUGAAUCGUCGGGCGAAAACCAGACGACAGCUCUUUGCAGAGACAAUUCGAGCGGAACAAGCUAGGAAACAGAGAACAGAAGAGGAACUUGAGGAGAUACUCAGAGCGACAAAGGAAAGCAAACAGCUACAAAAAGAGGUUCAACAGGCUGUUCAAGCAGGAAACCCCCCGGCGGCCUUGCCAAACGGUGCAGAGGCCAGCAAGCUUGCAGGGCGCAAACGCAAGAGCUUCUCUGGUGCGAACUCAACAAUGAAUGGGACACCCUCAGUGUCCGGACAUAAAAGGUCGAAAACAAUGAGCGUUUCUUCAGAUCCCACAGCCUCUACAACGAGCCACAGACCGCCCGUCCCCGGUUUCAGGGUAUCCACUUCAAGGCCUCCACAACAUGUCUCCAUCUUCUCCCGCAGCUCGACACUCAGUCAAUCAGCAUCUGCUCAGAGACUCGACACCACACGCACGGAUUAUUUCAGGCUCAAAGCUAUGGGUGUCGAUCCAGACACGCCGAUCAUUCCUGACACUAAGCAGACGCUGGCUCUCCGGCGACAAAAAGAAGCUGAAGAGAGACAAGCAAGUAUUCGGAGAGCGAACCGACGCCUAAGGCCUUCUCUGUCUUCUGAUCACAGCUCUCCUGCACCGAUGCUCCCCUCUGUGAUAGCUGAUUCUCCGAUGCCCGAUGCGAAUCCAGAACCGCAACCGACUCCCCGUCUGCCACCUCCAGUAGAAGAUGACUUCUUGAAGGAAAUCAGACAAGCGCGUGAAGCAAUGGAAGAACAGAUUGAAUGGUUCAAGCAGCAAUCUGUCUCACUUGAGGAGAUUGAGCAAGAGGAAGAUUUCCAAGGAAGCCAAAGCGGCCGUGAACAGAGUAGCCCUAGUUCGGCAAGUGGCAUGCUGCGGGUCAACGGCUACGAGUACCUCCCGGCAUCGAGUAGAGCAGGUUCAAGUCUAUCGCGCACUGAAAGGAGGAUACGCGAAACUGGGGCUCACGGACUGGCCACCAAACCCCUCCGAACAGUUUCGCAGUACGUCCCUGUUGCAAUGUCCAAGAAGAGCGCACGGGAUUACUCUCAGGGUUCCAAUAUCUCGAGCCCAGGGAGAAAACGGGCGCACCAUGAUGUGGAUUCAGCGUCGAAUGAUAGGGGAACGGAUCGGACCUCUGAAUCUCAUCCUGCCUCCAAACGACCUCGAGCGGCACCGCAUAAGACCACAAACCGCACUACCAACUCCUCGAGAUCAAACCAUUUUCCCAGAAACCAAGGCAUCAAUCCUUUUGGUUCGCUUCAGUCACCUCAGUCUGACGAUCAGGAGGGGGAUUUGGAAAGCGACGGAGACGACCAAGAUCAGGACGAACUGUACGAUGACGACGAGAGCGUUUCCGAGAACGGGUAUCCGGCAGAUGCACGCAACGGCACUUAUACCAGCGAUGAAGUUGAAGAUGUGUCGGAAGAGGAGGAAGAAAAUGGAUAUCAUCUUGGGCAAGGAAGCGGGGAGGAGGAACACGAGGACGAGGAAGAUGAGAUGGGGGAGGACACCAACGACCAGCUCGAGGACGAUGAGUCGGAUGAAGGAGACGAAGAAGACAGGCAAUACAACUAUCCUGCAUAUCUCCAAGCGCGACAGGAUGAAUUUGACGACGCCGAAACGCCUCUGACGAAUCCGCAGCUCAGCCGGGCCACCAGCAGCGCACCUGGCAACAGCGCGGACGACGCACUGGUUCUGAGCGACAGUGACUGA